CAUUUUGUUAAUUUUAAUUGCAAUAAAUUACCAUAUAAAUAAUUUAUGAAAAUUAAUGAAUGAAGGCAAAGCAAGAUAUUUUGCGGGGGGUCUUUACUGGGGAUAUUACGACCCAGAUAGACCAAAAAUCCGCCUUAAUAAUAAGCUUUUGAUCAAGACUGCCAAUGUAAGACUGAACUACUGAUGCAUGGAAUAAUCGUCUUUAACAUUAAAUACGGACAGCAUCAAUGGGAAACUGCUUUUCGUGCUUCAAGGUGUCUCUUCCACCAGCCACUGCUACUAGAUCUUCAUCGUUUGAUUAUAAAGACGAAACAAUGGAAUUGAGAGGGUCAUUCUUAAAUUCUUGUCAACAAACUGGGCCCUUAGUGCCUGAAGCACAUAUAAAUGGAAACAGAAAAUCAGUAACUACAUUAUCAACAUUCAACAAUGUUGGGUCUGAUAAUUGUGGAUCUAUGCCUAGUGUACAAAGUAAUUUACGUUCAUCAAGAGGAUUCUAUGCACAAUUAUCACCAUUGGGUAGAUCUGGAACAUCAUCUGGUCUUAAUACAACCACUGAAUCAAAGCAACAAAGAGAACCAUCAGAGAGCAAGUUAAAUGCUUUAUUUGACCAAUAUAAGGAUUCACAUGAAGAUGUAAUUUUAGCUGAUGGUAUAGAAAGAUUUUGUAAUGAUUUACAAUUGUCACCAGAUGAAUUUAAAGUACUUGUUCUUGCUUGGAAAUUAAAUGCUAAACAGAUGUGCCAAUUUACACGUCAAGAAUUUGUAACAGGUUUGAAAGCAAUGAAAGUAGACAGUAUACGUGGUAUACAAGCAAGAUUACCGGAAAUUGUUCAAGAAUUAACUAUAAACAGUGGUUUAUUCAAAGAUCUCUAUCGAUUUACAUUCCGGUUUGGCUUAGAUGUUAAUUCUGGUCAAAGAAUAUUACCAGCUGAUAUGGCAAUUGUUUUGUGGAAAUUAGUUUUCACAAUAUGUGAACCUCCUCUUUUGUCAAAAUGGCUUAAAUUUCUUGAGUGUCAUCAUGUUCGAGGUAUACCUAGAGAUACAUGGAAUAUGUUUCUAAAUUUUGCUGAAAGUAUUGGUAAUGAUCUUAGUAUUUAUGAUGAUGCAGAAGCAUGGCCAAGUUUAUUUGAUGACUUUGUAGAAUAUGAAAAUGAUCAAAUGAAUCAAAAUAUCAGUAAAGAUGAUAUAAAAGAUGUUUCUAUUGAUAAUUAA